GCUCUCUGUUCAAAUGAACGGGAUUUCGUCGCCGCGCGUCGCUGCCGGUCGCUUUUUUUUCGCUGACCUUGCAAACCCGCUUGGGAUCUGUCAUGUGAUGAACCCUGCGUUUGCGGCGAAGCUCUUUACAGACGAACCGCUUCUAACAAGACGGAAAAACUCCCCGAAGAAGAGACCGGACCUGCUGCCGCGCGGUUAUCAUGGGGUGCUGUUUCAGCAGCCACCAGGACAGCCAGAAGAAGCCAUUGAUUCCUGACCCAAACUUGAACGGCGUACCCGGCGAUGACUCUGAGCAAAAUGCGGACAGCCCGCCGUCUAACCACAGAGACGAACAGGCCCUGCUCACGACCAUCCUGCAGCAGACAGCCCUGAACAUAAUCGACGUGUCGGCUGUUGUUUCUCAAGGCCUGGAACAACGUGAAUACAUGGACAGAUCCAGACAGUACAGCACAAAGCUUGGGGUGUGGAGCAGUACUCUGUCUCAGAAGAAGCCCGUUCCUCUUCCGUCGCUGACCGGUCAACCUCACCAGGUGCUCGCCGCUGACCUGGUGCCCUGCUCAGACGUACAGCAGGUGUCUAAGAUCGCUGCGUACGCCUACAGCGCCGUCUCACAAAUCAAAGUAGAUUCCAAGGAAGAGCUGGUGGUUCAGUUUGCUAUACCAUGAUUCAGAAGAAGGACCUCCUCCUUCACUUCCACAACAGACGAGCUGCUAAGAUUCCUUCUGUGAUUUAUUAUUAUUAUUAUUAUUUAGUUUUAUUUUGUUCCUUAGUUCAGUUUCCUGAUCGUUUGAUCUCCGGACUUCUCAGUUACUCUAAUAUUUGUACUGAACUUAAUGGUGUUCCCUCGGUUCGGCUUCACACGUAGUUGGUGGCUUACGUUCUUCCGGUUUAUAUUCUACGGGUUUAGAGCUCGUUGUUAGAUUUCACGCGGAUGGAAAUGAGGCUGAGGGAUAAACCUGAAGUCUUUACGAUGGCACACAGUGUGUUUUCUUUUUUGUUUUGUCAGCUGAACAACUGCUUGGUUGUUACACAGAAGUACAAUCCACUAAACACGCACUACUUCAGUCCCUCACGGGCCAGGAAUAAUCAGGUUUGAAUUGCAAUUUGUGCCUUUACUGUAAAUGAUUUGAGAUAAAUCCAUAGCUUUUCAGCUGAACAAAAGGGGAUGCUUUUUUGUUGUCGUUGUGCGGAAAAAACAAAAGAACUCGUUCGGCGAUCGUUUGUGUAAUUAUUUAUUUUGAUUUUACGUAUUUAUGCAAGCUCGCACACGGCUCUCUAGAUCUGCGGAAGGCGCUUUAGCCUUUCUUUGAGAUUUUUUUUAAAGGGAUUAAACGCACUGCAUUACUCUGACGUUAUGUAGUGCACAAAUAGUGUUUAUUACUGAAAAGUGGAAUACUACCUGAUUUACGGAGAAUACCGACACACUCUCAAUAUACUGUUGAUGCAGUUAUUUUUGUUUUUAAUAAAAUGAUGCAAUAAAAACAUUCACAAUUAUAAA